AUGUCUCUCGCUGGUGGAACAACCGUCUACGGCGACACAUCUGCGCCCACAGACUUUGACCACAAGGGUAAACAACCCAUCAAGCACCAUGUACAAGAGACCACCGUUGUCGACGAAAACUUGUUGCACAGCACCGGAAUGGAGAUUGAUGCUCUAGCAGAUCGUCCAUUCUUUGUCAAGAUCAACCCAAAGGAUGGCGUCGUUGGUGCACUUCACAAGCUCGACGAGGAGCUUCGUGCCAAAGGCGAGGCCGGAAUUAUCUCAGCCAAGGAGCCCGUUAGCUGGAUUGGAGAAGAGAUUACACCUGGACAAAUCGGACUUAUCAAUCACGGAGGUCUUCCCAAGAUCCUUCUUCGCCCAGGUCGUUAUCCCCCUAUGCCCCUCAGAAACUGGAUUGCCAGAGAGUAUAUGGGCGCAAGAGCCUUGUCUGAAACCGUCAUCGAAUUUCAAGGUCUCAUCAUUGUCCAAGUCUCCCAGAACCAAGCAGCCGUAAUCUGCGACCCACAGAACAAGGUCUUUGUUAUCAAGAAUGGUGGCUUCGUUGCGCUCUCACUCGUCGGAUCGUACACCAUUCUCGCCGUCGUCGAUCAAACACACUUGUCCACUGUCGUCCGCGACAAGGCUACAAACGCGGUUCUCGGAUGGACGCAAGAGGUCAAGAUGACACGAAACACUGGUCGUGAUGGAGGUGCCAAGGAGUUUGUUGUCGCUCUCUUCCUGAACAUUCCAGCCAAUAAUUGUGCUAUCCUGCAAAAGGGCAACGAACUCAUUGUCAUUCCUGCUGGUCAACAUUACAUUGUCGAUCCGAGCAUCACAUUGCGUGGUAUGUUUACAUUUGGCGAGAACCAGCUCGAAAUGUCGACAAAGGACAUCUAUACACGUGACAGUGUUCCUCUCACUUGUACUAUCUUCUUGAAGUGGCAGCUCCUCGAGCCUCUCAAAUUGACGACCCACGGUUACAGCACCGCCUAUGAGGCUCUCCGUGACAAGACGCAAUCCAUUCUCACCCAGGUCGUUUCCCAUCUCGACUAUUCGGCCAUGAUCAAACAGCGCCAAAUUGGUGCCGAGCUCAUCGACGACAAGUCGGAUCCCAACGCCGCCUUUCUCGAUGCCCUCCGAACUCGUGCUAUGGACGACCUUACAGAAGCAGCGGUCGAGUACGGUAUCCUCCUCAAGGACUUGAGCGUCAUCGACCGCCAGUUCAAGGGUGAAAUCGCUGCCACAAUGGACAAGCUCACCACACGCUCGCUACAGGCUCAAGUAGAAGCCGUCAACGUCGACCGAGAAAACUCCAACUCGGUCAAAAAGGAGCAAGGCAAGCUCGAAGUCGCACGGGUCCAAGCACAGACCCGUCGCACCGAAGCCGACGCUGCUGGUUAUGCAAUCAUCGCAGCAGCAAAGGCAGAAGCAGAGGCCUUGGGAAUCGCCGCACAGGCUCAGGCCGAGGCGACGAGGCUCGCGGCUGCAGCCGAAGCAGACGCCAUUCGGGCGCGUGCAUUGGCUGAUUGUGAGGUUCAGGAUGCUUAUGCUCGCGAGAUGGGUGCCAGGAGGCUCGAGGUCAAUAGGAUUCAAGCCUUUGGCAAUCGCGCAGUGUUUGUACCCGCGGAGACCAACUCGAGUGGGGGCGUAAGUUCUGGAAUAGCUAUGGGCAUGGGUAUGGCCCAUGGUAUGGCGACCAGACAAGAGUAA